GAGCUCAAACCCUAAUUUUUUACUCUCUCUAUCCACAAUCGCCUUCGGAUCUUCAUCUCACUGUUUCGCCGCCAUGGGCCGCCACGCCAGGAUUACGUUUCUGCGAGCCUAUGCAGCAUCGGCGUCUUAUCUCGGGUACCUGAACCCUGGCGGGCUGGCUCGGUUUAGAGAUUCGCAUAUCAGUGCAAGGAAUCACCCUGCAGUCGGUUCUCGUCCCCGGAUCUAUUCCCUCCACAAUUCUCCGGUUGUCCCGACUCACAUCGUGCCUUGCGGCGGUUUUUAUCUGGUCUCCGAUCUGGAUCCGCGGCCCACAAUGUCCUCAGAGGAAGAAACUCGUCGCUGCUAAGGUGGCGUUCUUCUCAAUCUCCAUCCCGACUAGCUUUGUCUAGCAGCCGCACGAAUCGUUAGUUGACUCAGCGCCACAAAUAGCUACAGCGCUCUGGUUGUGCAUUGAGACCUCAAUAGCCCUUGGUUUUUGAAGCCACGACCAGAACAUCAUAUAAUAUCUCCUGAUUACAUUUUGGAUACAUGAUCUGUUUCCUUCUAGCACGGUCCAGGUAUUUCUAAUUUUCUGAAAACUUCAAAUUAUUUAAAGAUUGCAUAUUGAAAUUGAAUUCUGAGUGCAUGUUAUAUACCCCGUAUAGGAUUAUCAAGAAAUUUGAACAAUAACUGCAAUCUAAUUAUUAUGAUACUCCGUGGUUUAUUUGGUUUGUUUUAAACAAACAACAAUACAAAUUCAGUAUCAUUUGAUAAAAUGGUUGCGAAUGAUAGUAUAAUGUUCAAUUCAUUGUGUCAGAUUUCUCUACUACAUUUUGAUACUUAAUCCUAAAAUAUAUUUCUGUUGGAUAAACAAAAUGCAUUUGAAUAUACAAUUAUGGAUUAUUUUCUUGGUUGGUGCUUGGGGCAUGAAAUUGUGCAUUUUAAUAUUUGCCUAUUUCAAUGAUGAUAAAGGUGAAUUUUACACUAUAUGUAAGUGCAUAUUUUAUUAUUUGAUCUCAAAUUCGGUUUUUCCCAAAGUAAAUUGAAGAAAUUGAACUUGUAAUU